CGUCGAUCAUCAUUCUGGUAGUUGAAAACUUUGUCGUCGUCGUCGUCGUCGUCGUAGCACGUGUUGCACGUGAGAAAUUUCCCGCACAAAAUCUUACUCUUUUCGUCUUCUUCCCCAAUCUGGGAUUGAAUCUCCAGAAUCCAUGGAUCGUGCUUUAACUCCGCGUUUUGAUACUCCAGCUACUCUCUCCCCUUUCCGAUACCGAUAUGGGAGCUCUCUGGCCAUCACUCGACGAUUCGCGCCGGCGAUUGUUUGCGCGAAACGAUCUCCGAUCGAUGGAGUGAGCGACGAGCUGAAUCUGAUUGCUUCACAGAACUUAGAUCAAGCUCCCGCACGAAGACUAGCCCGUUCCGCUUUUGUUGACUUGCAGCUUCAGCUGGAUCACUGCUUGUUCAAGAAAGCUCCGAGUGGGAUCAGAACAGAGGAGUGGUAUGAGAGAAAUUCGAAAGGGGAAGAUAUUUUCUGCAAGAGUUGGUUGCCGAAAUCCGGCGACGAAAUCAAAGCUGCUGUAUGUUUCUGUCAUGGCUAUGGAAGCACUUGCACUUUCUUCUUCGAUGGUAUAGCAAAGCAAAUAGCAGGUUUUGGUUAUGGGGUUUAUGCUAUAGACCAUCCUGGUUUUGGUUUAUCAGAUGGUUUACAUGGUCACAUUCCAAGUUUUGAUGACUUAGCAGACAAUGCUAUUGAACAGUUCACCAAAAUGAAAGGGAGAUCGGAAUUGAGAAAUUUGCCCCGGUUUUUGCUGGGACAGUCAAUGGGAGGAGCAGUUGCCUUAAAAAUUCAUCUUAAAGAACCUCAAGCUUGGGAUGGUCUUAUCCUUGUCGCUCCAAUGUGUAAGAUUUCAGAAGAUGUAAAACCUCCUCCACUAGUCUUGAAGACGUUAAUCUUGAUGUCGACACUAUUUCCCAAAGCAAAGCUCUUUCCAAAGAGAGACUUGAGCGACUUCUUCUUCAGGGACCUGAGUAAAAGAAAAUUGUGUGAGUACGAUGUGAUAUGCUACGAUGAUCAAACACGUCUCAAAACUGCUGUUGAACUUCUAAAUGCAACAAGAGACAUUGAGAUGCAAGUUGACAAGGUCUCGUUGCCACUGUUGAUACUUCAUGGAGACACUGAUAAAGUCACAGAUCCCACUGUGAGUAAAUUCCUUCACAAACAUGCAGUCAGCCAAGACAAGACUCUAAAACUCUAUCCAGGUGGCUACCAUUGCAUUCUAGAAGGUGAUACAGACGAAAAUAUUUUCACUGUAAUCAAUGACAUCGUUGCUUGGCUCGAUGCCCGCGUUGAUCCCAAGUAAAGUGAGAUCAUCUCUCCACAAACCUAUACUUAUUAUUGUCUUCUGAAUACUGUCGAGUCUCUGUGAUUAAACAUCCGGAUAAGAAGAAAAAAUAGAUAUGUGGCUUACAAUGAAUACACAACCUUAGCCGUUGUUUGCUUAGCUAGUGCUUCUAGUGCUACAUCAGCCGCAUCUUUCGAAGUGUAGUUAGUAUUGUUUGGGUGCACAUAAGUCAGGCUCAGAAUCAAAUUGAUGACUGAUCUCAUUUGAACCAUAUUGCUCUGACAGAUCCUUGAAA